AUGCGCAGCCUUUCUCAAGAAAACCAAGGGUGCCUGGAGGAGCAUCUUUCCAGGCAGGCUUCAGGGACACAAUUGCUGGCCCUGUUCAGAGCAGAGAAAGAUCACAAUCCCAGUAUUCACCAAGACACAGAAAAUAAAGAGGACUCUCAGGCUGUGACUGGUGUCAAGUUGCCAAAAAGCACGUGCCGACUCUAUUUCGCCACCUUUGUAGCCUGCUUUCCAGCUCACGAGACUGUUCUGGUAUCUUCUGCGGAGACCCCCUCCCGCGGCUCGCCUGAGAAGCUGGACUUUCCCCCUCAGCCAAGCUCCUGGUCCACUGCCCGGCUCUCUCCAGUGCCACGCCGCCUCCUCUUCCUACUUGCAGCCUCAAUGGCUCUGCCAGGACGACCUCCGAGGGGUCGUCGUCUGAAGCUGUCAAGUCCGAACCCGGAGCCGAGAGGAGAGGACGCCUGUACUGGGAAGAGUUCACCGGAGUCUCCUGUGGGAUCCGAGCAGACAGAAAUGCGGAUGCGGCAGAUGUGCAGCGGAAGUGAGACUCAGGACUCUGUCCCAAGCCAGCAGCAGGGCAUAGGUGGCCGAGGCUCCAAUGCUUGCUGCUUUUGCUGGUGCUGCUGCUGCAGCUGUUCUUGCCUCACUGUCAGAAACCAAGAAGACCAGAGACCCCAGAGAGCUUCUCAUGAACUCAGAGCAGCCAUUCCAGCCUGGGAAGAAAGUCCGACACCCACUCUGGAAGAAGUCUGUGCCUGGGCCCAGUCUUUUGACAACCUCAUGGUCACUCCAGCUGGGAGAAAUGCAUUCCGGGAAUUUCUUCGAACAGAAUUCAGUGAAGAAAACAUGCUUUUCUGGAUGGCCUGUGAGGAACUGAAAAGGGAAGCUAAUAAAAGCACUAUUGAGGAAAAAGCAAGAAUAAUAUAUGAAGACUACAUUUCUAUUCUGUCUCCUAAAGAGGUCAGCUUGGACUCCCGAGUACGAGAGGUUAUCAACAGAAAUAUGGUGGAUCCAUCCCAACACAUAUUCGAUGAUGCUCAACUGCAGAUCUACACUCUAAUGCACAGAGACUCCUAUCCCCGCUUCAUGAACUCCACAGUCUAUAAGGAUUUGCUUAAGUCCUUAGCUGAGAAAGCAGUUGAAGCAUAGGUGGUUUCAAAUAUAUUUAUUAUUAACAAAACAAGAAAAUAACUCAUGGACUACAUCUAGCACACUACAUCUAGCACAGGAAAUUUAGAGAUAGGGUAUCUUGUGCUACAGUGAUUCUUGGACUGUUGUAAUAACAGAUUCUUCCCCAUGGAAAGCUAUAGAUUCACAACAAAAACUGCAUCAGCCUUUAGUGAUACUUAAAGGGGGGAGGGGUUAUGAUUCCCUUAGAAAGACAGUGUACUUACACUCACAUAACAGUAGGAUGUUCUCAAGGGCAGGGCAUGCACUAGCCUCAGUUCUGCCUGCAGCAUAGAUGUACAAAGAGCCAAUGGGAACACUUUGUUUUGCAUGAGUUCAAUACUGUAUUACUCUCCAAAGAAAUGGCAUUCAAGUCCUUCAGUCUGAAUACUUCACUUGCCAGGACUGAGAGUCGUAUUUCACAAAGAUGUGACUAUUCCUUGUAAAAAUCUAAUCUCUCUCUAUCUCUCUGCAUGUGUGUGUGCGUUCAAGUGUGUGAGUGUGUGUGUGUGUGUGUGUAUCUGUUAUGGUUGGUGGAACACACCAUGCUCUAGGUUGGUCACUCUCAGAUGUUUGGUAAGGGAAGCAACAUUUAAAUGAAAGGGUGACUGUAUUAUCAGAAUUAAUCAACCUGAAGAGUGGACUUUAAGUUUAUAUAUUGUCACAUUCACAGAUCUUCAAAUAAACAUAUUUUAAUUUUUA